CCUAAUGCUUGUCAAUUUUGUGCAAUGCCUUCAGCCUUGCUUAUCACAUAUUGAGCAUUAUAAAUUGCAUUAUCCUCACAUAUGCUGGAGUACUCCCACUUGUUAGACCUGGCUGAUGAAUGUGAGGAUCCCUACAUGCGGAUGGUCUAUGCUACAUCAUGGGCAAUAUCUGUUUACUAUGCCUAUCAACGAACCUGGAAGCCCUUCAAUCCCAUCCUUGGUGAGACUUAUGAAAUGGUUAAUCAUGGUGGCAUUACAUUCCUUGCGGAGCAGGUGAGUCAUCAUCCUCCAAUGAGCGUGGGGCAUGCAGAAAAUGAUCAUUUUACCUAUGACGUGACAUCCAAGUUAAAGACCAAAUUUCUGGGAAACUCCGUAGAUGUGAUUCGGUCCUUCUAA